AUGCGGUUGUGAUUGGUUGUUGUUAUUAUUAAGUAUUACUAGUACAUUAUGUAUCUCUUUUAUUGGUCGAAGUAGUAGUACUACGUAUCAAUGACUUAGGUUAUAUAAUGAACAAAACUAGAUGAGACGAGGGAAGAAAUCCUUUCGACUUUAAAUCGUCUUCUAAAUUAAGUUACAACUUCACAAGUUAUACAUACCUAUAUUGUCAUCAGCGGUAAACACAGUAGUCACACACAUCAAAUUUAAAUGCCACGUGUAAUAGAAAAUACAUAUUUCUAAUUUGUCUAUUUCUGUAAACGACUGCUUUACGCGUUAUGUUAUUGGUCAAUAAAAGAUGUAGUGAUCACGUGUUCGACUCCUUCAUACACAUUAUACAUAUAUGUGUAUAAAUUCAGUGACAUGUAUUAUGUCAAUGUGACAGAACUGUCAAAGAGAAGUAUUUUAUUCAAACAGAAUUCAACGUUAGAAAAAUUAAAACGUACCUGUGUAAAUUUAUGGUUAAAAAUAGAACGUGAGAACAUGCAUCAAAAGUUCAGAUAUACUAAACUUACAAAAACUGUAAACAUUGAGGCUAUAUCAAGGUACUUUGGUUACACAAUUUUAUAAAAGUUUAUGAAAAGACAUCGCAUUGUCUUUUUGUAGAUGUAUUUAAAUUAACAAGUGGUUAAUGAGAAGAUAGAAAUUGUUGAGUGUUAACUAAGUUGUAUAUAGAAAGCUUUUGAAAAUAUAAUUGAAAUUAUGGCAGCAAUACGACAUACGCUACAAAGAGAAGUGUUUACGCCUGGUGAUGAGAAAUUAUUAAGUGUAUGUUAUGUAAGUAAGGCAUAUAAAAAGAAGAAAAUGAGCUUUCUUUGCUUAAUUACAACCACAGAUACACCUCCGUCGUUACUUUUGUAUCAAGUAAAAAAGAAUGACAAAAAUAUAUUUAAAAAAAAGCAAUCAUGGUCAUUAAGUGAUAUUCAAAUUGUUGAUGGAGUUAAAAAUGAUUCUAUGGAUAUAGAAUUACACAUCGACAAGUUAUACAAAUGGUCUGUAACAACAGCUCAGGAACGAAGAACAUUUCUGAGCAAUUUGUAUACCUAUUCUUGUAGCAUAGCUCAGAGACCACAAUUUAAAAAUAUUCCUAAAGAAUGGCUUAUAGAUCCAAGUUCCCUAAAGGAAAGUGACAGUAUCACUUUUACACCAGAACUUCUCACAUCACCUAUUUCAUCAGAUUAUCAACCUAUUACUGAAAAAGAAGCUGCUGAUUUGAAACAAAUGAUGGAAAAUUGUGAAUAUGCAGUUGCUAAUGCAGAACUUUUUAUGGAAACUCUUUCUAAAGAUCUCUCUAUUCUUGAUGGGGAAAAUGUACAAUCAGUUUUGGCGUCAGAAGCCCGUGUAACACAAUUGAUGAAUAGUAUUGAAGCAGCAAUAACUGAAGCUUCAAUUGUGGAAGCGCGUCUUGCAGCUUACGAUGAAGCACUUGGUAGAAUUAGAGAAGUCAUGGCUCGUGUGGGUCAAAAAAAUCAAGCUAUUCAUACAGCUAAUAAUAAUGCAAGACUUCUAUUAGAUCAGUUAAAUACAGUCAUAUCACAAUUGGAUAUAUCACCAACUCAUCAAGACGUAUUGAAUGAAGCUGAGCUACCAGGAGAAAAAGAAGGACUCAGUCAAGCUGGUGCUGCUCUUCUAAAAGCCAUAACCGCUCCCUUGCCACCAGGACUUGAUAAAUUAAGUGCAGUAACUGAGCAAAAGAGACGUCUUGAUAAGCAUAGAGCAAAAUUCUCUAUAAUUGUGGCUAGGCACUUGAAUAAUCUUUUUAUACAUUUGGGUAACGAUAUUGGAGAAAUAUCGACAUCGUCAACAGAUUUGAUUCUUCCAACACAUCAAGCAGUUCACUAUGAACUUGAGCCAUAUACUGAGUUAAUGCAAUUAUUAAGAGCAUUAGAUAAUAAGGCUUUUAUACAAUUAACCAAAGUUUAUACAGAUACAAUGAGUAAAUUGUAUAAAAGAGAUUUAAAGCGUUUUUUCGAAGAAGCAAAAAAUAAACUAAUUUCUAAACGUCUCCAAGCAAAUACAUCAAGAUCUAGUGGACAAAAGGCAGAAGAUUUAUUAAAUCCAGCACCUAUCUGCUUGUUAAGUGGUGAAGUAUGGGCACCGGUAGGGGAUGGAAAUCUGUUAGAUUCCGUUCUUGAUUGCAUGCUUUCACAAAUGCAGCCAGUUUGUCUUGCAGAACAAGCCUUUUGUAUUUCAUUUCUGCAAUUGGACUCUGUACUUUCUCCAUCAAAAAGUAGCGAAUUGGAAGAAACAGAUAAUGUCAGCAAUGGAGCAGCAAGUCCUGGUUCAGUUACCUCCACUACGAGUAAGAAAUUGGAAAGACAAGUAAAUGAAGAAGUACGUGCAACAAUGGCAGCAAUAUUUCCAUCAUUGGAAAUUGAAUUAAAUAAUUUUAUUGCCUUUUUGGACAAAAUUGAUAGUUUUUGGUGCAUGUACGUCUUGGUACGUUUAUCCCAACAUGUGAUGUCAGCGCAAGAUACUGGUUCUUUUUUAUCUAUGACAUUUGCUUCAGCUUUAAUUCAAGUUAAGAGAUCUUUUGACAAAUUUAUGCAAACUCAGAUGCAAUCGAUUCUAUCUGAUACAAAAGUUAAUCGCAGAAACAAAUGUGGUAUAUUGUCGUACGUAGAAAAUUUUGAGCAAUUUGCAAAAACCGCAGAAAAAAUCUUUAAAAAUUCGGAUCGAAAAGUUGAUCUUGAAAAAUGGUACACUAAAUUAGUAAGUACAAUGUUUGAAGCAAUUGUUAUACAUAGCAGAGAACACCACAAAACUCCACCAGAAGUUAUUAAAAUGGAAAAUUUUCAUCAUUUAUAUGAUCUUCUUUCACAAUUAAAAAUAUCUGUACUUGAUCAUGAGCGUAAGGAAGCUAAACAAAAAUACCACGAUGCUUUGCGGGCAUAUGUUACACAAUAUUUUGGAAGACCUCUUGAGAAGCUUAAUCUAUUUUUUGAAGGUGUGCAAGCCAAAGUUGGUGCUGGAGUUAAAGAAUCUGAAGUUAGUUAUCAAAUGGCUUUCAGUAAACAAGAACUUAGGCGUGUUGUAAAGGAAUACCCAGCUCGAGAAGUCAAAAAGGGUUUGGAAAAUUUGUAUAGAAAAGUCGAAAAGCAUCUGUGUGAAGAAGAAAAUUUAUUACAAGUUGUCUGGCGUGAAAUGCAAGGUGAAUUCAUUGCACAAUAUAUAUACAUAGAGGAAUUGAUACAACGAUGUUAUCCGGAUAGUAUGGUAACUCUCGAAUUUACCAUACAAGAUAUAUUAGAAUUUUUCUCUGAGAUAGCUCGAUCUCACUGAGAAACUUAAUAAACCAAAAUUGUAAAGUGAAUAAAAUUUUGUAAUUCGUAUUAGUAUUUAGAUUGAAGUAAUAAAACAAUAAAGUAAUAUAA